CAAAACAAAACAGGUGCCCGCAUUAGCAAAACAUACAUGUGAAUGGCGGGGGUGAUGAACUUUGAAAAAUUAAAUUUGAAAUGUGUUUGAUCACACAUUUUAAACAACAAAUUUAGGAACAGGCUCAAGUAGACAUAUAAAACAAUAGAAAUGUCACACGAUGAUGGAAAUUGGACGCCUGCCAGCGAGGACUAUUUAAGGAGAAGUUUCCCAGUUCACCGCGCGUGCCGAGACGGUGAUAUUGAACAACUUGCCUCUUUGUUGUCUGCCGGCGAUUUUGAUUUGUAUGAAGAAGACGAUUUUUACGGCUGGUCACCUGUACAUUGGGCAGCAUAUUUUGGAAAGCUGGCUUGUUUGAGACGCUUGACUAAUUCCUUGGAGGGAAUAGUGAAAGGGUGUGAUGUAGUGUCCUCCAGGUUUUCUCAAAGCCCUGCACAUUUAAGUGCUUUUGGAGGUCACCCACAGUGUCUCUACUGGCUGGCUCAAUCAAAAUGUGAUCUAAAUGCACAGGACUACAUGGGUGAGACCCCUAUACACAAGGCAGCAAGAACAGGCAGCAUGGAGUGUGUCAGCCUGCUGGUAUCUCAGGGUGCUAAACUCGAGCUAAAGAAUUACAGUGGCUGUCUGCCGAGUGAAGUGGCGGCUGCUGCAGGUUACACAGAAUGUGCAAGUUAUUUGGAGAGGGCAACUCAAUUACAGAAGGAAAAUCAACCUGCCACCAACCCAGCAAAUAUUGGAACAAACUCAUCGUUCAGCUCAUUUCAUAAUGGUAGAACAUCUCCUGAAGGCCAGUCAAGUGGUCAAAACUUUAUUUCCACAAAUACAUAUCAUUCUCACCCCCAUGUUGCAAUAAAUGGCACACCCCAUCACACCCAUAUAGAAAAUGGGCUCAAUAACAACCAAUCAGAAGACUGUGAUAUGGAGAUGGAGGAAGGGUCACAAGAGUUCAGCCAAUCAGCAAUGUCAAAUGGUGUCUCCCCUGCAUUACAGAAUGGAGAUGUCCUGCUGAAUCAUGGUGUGUUGCAGAAUCUCAUCCCAUUGGCUGGUAGAAAGAGGGGGAGAGAGGAUGUUGAUGAAGACUCGUACAAAAGAGCAAGACAAGAUGAACCAAUGUCGAACAAAUGCAAGCUGAAUGGCUGGCUGUUCAACAAUGGUCACAUGACUCAUCAGAACACAAAUCACACGGGUGAUCAUGUGACCACGGUGUCAGAAAGUAUGGUGGAGCAUUACAAUUCAGUCUCGAUGCAGGAAGGUUAUGACAGCUUGCUGAUGAACUCUGUGAUGAGCAAGUCUAGUGGCUUUUGAUUUUCUUUAUAGUUUUAUAAGUUGUUGCAAGAAGUGUGAUUUUUUUUCACUUAAACAGCUGUUAAGUAUAGUUGUACUAUAAUUUGUUAGUUAUUUGACAUGAUAACUUGUAAGUUCUACAAAAGUAUGAACAUUUAAAAAAAAAAAACUUGCUGGAACUACAUGGGUUUUUUUUUUUGUUUUUGUUAUUUAACUGAAUUUGACCAUCAGUCGGGCUUUUUUUUUUUUUUUUUUUUUUUUGAAGGAAAUUUUUAUGAAUGAAUGAAACUUGUACCUUAAGAGUAUUUGCAAAGUAGUAACAAAAGAUACAUGUAUUACAAAAUGCUAUUGAUGCUCAUUUUGAGAAAAGUGCUUUGAAAGAAUCACAGUUAUGAAAGAUUUGACUAAAGUCACUAGUAGUAUUUGUACAAAGAGAAAUGUAACAUUCAGGAUAUCACUGGAUAGAAUGGAAAAAUUAAUGUUGUUUUGUUAGGCAAUAGUAUGGACAGUGUUUGAUGUUUAUGUUCAGUGUUUGGAAGUUAGACAGUGCUAAGUUUUAUAUUGUGGUUAGAUCAUUAGAAUAUAUUAUGUAAAUUUUUGUGACCUAAGUACUUCUUGAUUGGGAUUUUUUGGUGAAUUUAUUUUCAUUAAUAUUCAUGAAUAGUGCCACUCAAAAAUACAAAGUGUUCUUGUAUAUUAAUCUGCAUCAUAUCCUAAAACACUCCAGUUUCAUGAGUUCUUAAUACCAUGAAUAAGGCUGCUAAUCAUGAAAUGGCUUAAUAAGGCUUAUAGAUGUGAAAAUUACCAAGGAUAAAGUCAGUUGCGUCUGUAGAGUGAUAUCGGGUGACUAUGUGAGAAAUUUCUCAUGUAUUUCCUAAGUAGUGAGCAAAUUUAUAAAUAAUUGUAUACCAUUUAUUUUUUUACGAAUCUCUCACUACUGUUUUGUAUCGAAACAUUAAAAUCAUGAUCAAGAAUUGAGAAGGAUUAAUAAAUACACCCAAGAUAUAAAUAUUUCUGUAUGUUUCUGCAGUGAAAAUCAAAACAAAAUUUUAACACUGGAACACAAUUUCAGUUUAAAUUUGGGAGGUGUCCUCUUAAAUUGUAGAAGUUUACGUUUUAAUAGCAGACAAAGGGGCUGAAAGCAUGUUGAUCAUUUUAAAUACGACAUUGUAAGAAUGAGGUUGUAUAAAAUCCCAAGGCUAACACAAACAUUCUGUAUACAGUAUAACACUAGGGGGUGAUUCCAACUGAAUUCAACAAUCUCAAAUAAUACUGCUUUAACCCUUAUCAUGCUAAACACCACUGAUUCUGCCUUUGCGACCAGUGUAGGUCAUGAUCAGCCUGCACAUCUGUGUAGUCUGAUCAUGAUCUGCACUGUUUGCCAUUCAGUUAGUAUCUUUUUGGUAAGCACCCCUUUUAACAGAUAAUGGUACUGUCCAAAUUGAAAGAUGGACAAGUUCAUUAGAGAAAUUUAGCAGGGUAAGGGUUAAUUACUUACACAUAAUGUUUGCUUCAUGAUUGUGCCAUUUAAAGAAAAGUAACAAGCACAUUUUCGUCAUCAUCAUUUGAAAUAGGUUUACCAAUUUAGACAUUAUAUUUGCCAAUAAUUUUGUAUUUCCAUAUUUCUGAUACUUGGAUCAAAUCAUAACAUGUGAUAUUUUAAAGGAUAUUUAUUUAAAAAAUUGUAUGCUUCUGUUGGGUGAUUUCUAAUUUACAAGGGAUUUUGCUGAGCAAAAAAGAUAGAAAGGAAAUUCAUGAGAAAAGUGGUGCUAGUUGCAGUUCUAUGGAAACAGUUUUCUCAAAAUACCAAAGACUUGCACACUGUGGGUAUUUCAGUCAUUUUGAUCUGUAGUGGUUAUAUUUCACUGUAGUUAGAAGUGUAUGUCAAAUUGGUGUAAGGUCAUUAGUUAUUUAUUGGUCAAUGAAAUAUUUUUAUAGUUUUGUCAAAGCACAAAAUAAUUUUUUCUUUAGAAUAUGAUAUCCACAAAUUAAUUACCCGACAUUAUUUUUGCCGAAAGGUAAGAAAUUUUAUGUCCAUGAAGUAUAAAGAUUUUGCACAAUACAUAGCCAUAAUAUUAGUACAAUCUCAGACCACUGAUUGGACAGGUAAAAAGACAAUGUUUUUUUUUACUGUAUUAUUAAAUUUUGGUUGUUUAAGACAUUUGUUGUGGGAAUAAUUUAAAUCAAAACUUAAGAAGAAAAGAGAUUACUAGUAAUACACUAUAAAGGUCAUUGCUUAACAAAUUUUCAGUUUAAUGUGACAUCCUAUAAACAUAGGAAAAACAAGUUUUCUGUUCCAAUUUAUGGUUUUAUUUUAUUUUCAUAUUUCUGUUUAUUAUUAUUUAGUUCUUAUAGUUGCUUAAUAUUUGUAUCUAGUUUAUGAAUUUAAAAUUCAUACAAACAAUAUGUUCUACUUAUUUUAUUUUUAUGCCCCCGAAGGGAGGCAUAUAGUUUUUGAACCGUCUGUCGGUCUGUCCGCAAUUUUCGUGUACGGUCCAUAUCUUUGUCAUUCAUACAUGGAUUUUAAAAUUAUUGGGCAUGAAUGUGUACCACAGUAAGAGGACGUGUCGCGCGCAAGACCCAGGUCCUUAGCUCAAAAGUCAAGGUCACACUUAGACUUUUAAGGUCAUAUUUCAUGAUAGUGCAAUGAUGGGCAUGUGCGGUCCAUAUCUUUGCCAUUCAUGCAUGGAUUUUAAAAUAACUACGCAUGAAUGUGUGGCACAGUAAGACGACGUGUCGCGCGCAAGACCCAGGUCCGUAGGUCAAAGGUCCUAAACUCUAACAUCGGCCAUAACUAUUCAUUCAAAGUGCCAUCGGGGGCAUGUGUCAUCCUAUGGAGACAGCUCUUGUUUUGUCCUAACUUUUAGUGUUUCCAUGAUUUAUUUUUGAUACAUUUAAACAUAGAUAAAUGAUUACGCUUAUUAAGAUAUUGCUUUACAUGAUAUAUCAAAAAGGGAGGAGAUGCUUGUGAUGUAUAAAAAUUACCUUUAGCCUGCUGGCGGCAAGUCACUGCCUUUGCGACCAGUGCAGACCAAGAUCAGCCUGCACAUCCGUGCAGGCUGAUCAUGUUCUGCACUGUUCUAGUCAGUAAAUUUUCAUUGAACACCCCUUCGAAUAAUAAAUGGUAUGGCCAGAAUUGAAUGAUGGACCGGUCCAUUUUAGAAAUUUAGUGGGCUAAAGGUUAAGAUAUUGCAUUACAUAAUAGAUCAAAAAGGGAGGAAAAGCUUGUGAUGUAUUUAUAAAUAUUAAAGGUAAUUUACAUGUAAAGACUUCAUGAUAAAGCUCCAUUUAUAUAUAGUUAAUAAUCCCGCUUUAACUUAUUGAAUAACCUUCAGUGAAUCAUUUUAUAAAAAUUGUUCACACAUUUUGCAUUGCAGUAUAAACUGCUCAAAUGCACCUUUUGAUCAAAAUUGUGUAUAACAUUAUUAUAUCUGAAGUCCAUAUAGGAUUAUGACUUUACAUAAAUACAUAUCUCAUCAUGAUCUAGCUGAUAACACUUCAUUAUGUAAUCAUUUUUACUUCUACGCUUCAUUGAUGAGGAAGAUUUCUCUUUCAUUUAAUUUGAAUAUUUUUGACGGUUCCUUGCCUUAAAAAUGCCUAAUCAACAUUUAUUCAUUUUAAAGGGGCACAUUCUAGAUUUUUUGUUUCAUUAGGUCUUUUUUUAUUUAUUUUCAUGAAGUAAAAACAAAAAGGUUCAUAAAAGUUAUUGAACUUAAAUGACAUCGAUUCAAGGGAUUAUUUACACAAUAAAUUGCUAUCAGAUAUAAAAAAAAUUGAAUAUUGAGAUGAUUUACAUGUAGAGGCAUGCCCCUUUAAUAAAAUUUUGCAUGUUCUUUCAGCAAGUCAAGGUUCAUGUACUUAUUACUGCUGUAAAAUAGUUACCUUGUAUCAAGUUUCAGAUCUUAAGGAUUACCUGCUUGUCAUGUAUAUUAGUUAAUAAGUAUAAACAUUGUUCGAAAACAUAUUUUUGAUUUUGCAUUAUUCUUGAAUACUUCUUUUUUUUGUACUUAUUGUUUUAUUUUACUGCAUGUACGGCGCAUUGUUUUAGCCUGCUGGCCAUAAAGCCAAAUUAUUUUAACACAUUCAUCAGCAUUUUGACAUUUUUUAGCUUUUUGAAAUAACAAUUUAUUUAUCUUUUACGCCCACCUGAGCAUAAAGUGCCCAAGGUUGGAACUGUUAUGACUACCAUUCAUCUGUUCUUUGUCAGCACCUUCUCUGUUUACACACUUUAGACUGCAUUUCUAUAGCAAUCUUAAUGAAACUUAUACCAAAUGUUUGUGGUCAGAUUUGGUAUUACUCAAGAAAGAACAGUUAUGGCUCAUGACUUGGUUGUAUUUCAUAAAGAUAACAUAUUAUUAAUGGUUGAAUUUUUGAGUGACCGUCUUAAAUUUUUACUUAAUGAAUCUAGCCACAAGAUCAGGCUUAAGUUCUAUGGUGACAUACCGGUAGAUUGCUGCAGUAACACUAGCUCUUGAAUAAAUCAGAAGUGCUGGAUUCUACAGUGUAAAAUUGUGAAUUUUCUGUAGACCAAAACUUCCUGAAAACUAGUCACUUUUCUGUAUAAAAUCUACAGGUAUGAAACCUGGUGUAUUUAUGCCUGUUCCAGCUAUGAAACUCUGGUGAGCAGACUAGAGCCUCCAUGGCCAUCUGUAUUUUAAGACAAUAGGACUGUUGUCUCUGUUCAUUUGAUGAUCUCACUCAAGAUGGAACUUGGAAAAUGUAAGAAUUCAUUCUAUUAAUACCCUGACACUUGUAUUGUUUGUUAUAACAUUAAACAUACAUUCGUUUGAUAAAAUAUUUGUCAAUAAUUAUUGAAGUUCAGCUUGUAAACAUUGGAGAAACCGGCCGUUUUAUUCAGUAAUAGUUAAAGCUUUCUGAUAGAGAUAUCAGCAUUAUUCACUUGUUGCUAUGACUCACUAGAUGCAUUUAUAUAGAGGAUAUUACAGUAACACGAGUGUUUUCAUAUUGAAUUUAUGAAACGAGUUGUAUAAAAUAAUAAAAUGUGAGGACCCGCCGAGCAUUUUAUCAAUUUUGUUCAACAAGUUUAAUAAAUUAAAUGUGGAAAGACACAAAUGUAAUAUUCUAUUUAUCACAUGUAAGCUUUUCCUGCUGUAAACAUCAAAAUUUCUUCUUUCUUUAAAUAUUAUAGACCAAGUAAAUGCAACCAACAUCUAUCGAUAAUCGAUGUCAACGUCAAGGCUUUAUUACACUAGUGUAUUAUCAAAUUUAUGUAAUGGCUUUAUUUCACCACCAAGAUGUCAAAUGUGAUAAAAACAAGUUUUAUUACUUCACUUCAAGGUGAUGGAGCUGCAGUUUCCAUUCAAAGUACAUAUUCUAUACAUGUAAUAUAGUAGUCACUCUUAAGGUGUUACAAAAAGUCAUAAUUAUAUAGGUAUGAGCUGAUUUAACAUCUGGAUAAUUAAAUGGCGAUAUGGCAUAGGAACAUAUUGAAUAGCAUGGACAGCGGCAUUUGUCAAAACUGUUUCCCUUUCUUAGUUAAGAAUAAGUUCACUCACUUUAGUUUAUAUGAUAGUUAAUUAGAUGGGAGAAGUUAUUUAUGGUUUAGCUAAUGGGCUGUGUUUUAAUUCAGCAUGUAGCUCUUCUAAUGAUACAGUAUAUUAUUCUACAGUUAAUUUGUUGAAUAUUAAGUUUCGAGAAUGUGGGUAUUUUUACAUACCUAACUGACAGUUCCUUGCAAUUCUCAUUGACUGCCAUCUUGUAUAAAUAUAAAUACAAAAUCAUUGUAAACAUGUUAACUCAUUGUUCACUUUUGAUAUAUUUUUCCAUUAUUAACAUAAUAGACAUUAGUUUUGUAUAAUUUUUUCAUGAUACUGGAAGGUUAGAACUUCAUUAAAAACUCUAUUUUGAACAAUACUAUUACAUUAUUUCAAAACAAUUGAAUGCAUAUCCAUUAUCACAAACAUAAUGUUUAUUAUUUUAUUUUCUCUUUUUAUUACUUCUUUAAGCUUGUCUUUCUUAUUUUGUAUAUCUUGUUUGCUUGUUGUAGUGUUCCGAAUUACAAAAAGUGCAAUUUC